GUGGAUCGACCACAAUAAAAAAUAAAGUUAGAGGUUAGAUUGAUCGAAAUAAAAAUGGCAGGUGCGAAAAGGCGAUCUAAAGUGUGGAAUUAUUUCAAACACUUGGACAAGACGAACCUCAAAUGUAUUUUGUGUCGAAAAACUAUCAAAUAUUGCGGAUCAACGACAAACUUGCGAAAUCAUUUGCGCAUAAUACACGCCACGAUAUUGCCAAAAAGGAAAGUUAGCUAUGAAGUUGGACAGACAUUUGGUAAUACACAUCCCAACCAACUAACAGACGCUUUGCUUAGAAAAGAAAUAUUGGAUGAAGAUCCGGACUAUUUGGUAUAUCAGGGACCAGGUAAAAAACGGAGUCAGAUGUGGACCUACUUCACUCAAAUAGGGAGUCAUGUUGCCAAGUGCAAAUCCUGUUCAAAAAAAUUGUCAUUCAAAGGAGGAUCCACAUUUAACCUUUUACGACAUUUGAGGGCACAGCAUUCUUUUGAUGUUUCUGAUUUUUCUAGUACCACAGAUGGCUUUGUCACCUGUAUAGUUAAGAGCCAGGAAAAGGAAAUCGAGAAUGAACUCUCCUUACAUUGCCACACAUGCCGCCAAGAUAUCACUAGUGACAGUUGGGGUGAACAUCAACGAGCAUGUAAGAAUAAUCCUUUAGAUGAUAUAUUAAUUAAAAGUUUCAUACAAGCUGUUAAAUUGCGUCCUUCUCUGUGGGACAACAGUAUGCCCUGGAAACUACGGACCCCUGGCAUACAACAGGAACUAUGGAGAGAAAUCGUUGAUGAAUUAGGUGGUGCUAUACCUUUUGAAAAAUUGGAGAAAAACUGGUUGUUCCUCAAGGAAAUGUUUUUCAGAACACGGGAAAGGCAAGGAAACAACAGUGUCCCAUGGAAAUUGUUGAGAUUUCUUGAUGGAAAUGGACCUAAUAAAGAGGAUAAAAAUUAUGUUGAUCAGUCAAUCGUUGCUUUAUCGAAUUCAAUACAUUUAAAUGCACGAAAUGUAGAGGCUCAAAGCACUAAAUUACACAGGGUGCGCACUGAAGUGGUAAAGUUGCCUACUACGUUGUCUUUAUACGGUAUGUCACCGGCCCUGCUGACCGUUUCAGCCAUAUUGGCAAAACUGCCUUCGCGAACCAGAGUGAAGGCAGAAAUCGAAAUUCUGAAUUUGGUGUACAAGCUUUACGGCAAGGUGGAAGUGAGCGACUGACG